CCCUGCCAGUUGUCAGUGACAACUUGUCACAUUACGGCGCUGCCAACCUAAACGGUCAACGCUCUUUCCGGUUUUAGUUCGCCACUAGUGAACACACAUCUGCGUGCCCACUAGUAGAUUAAAUACCGCCUCAAAAUGGGAAGACGUCCCGCAAGAUGCUACCGCUACUGCAAGAACAAGCCGUACCCGAAGUCGCGGUUCUGCCGUGGUGUCCCGGACGCCAAGAUCCGCAUCUUCGAUCUCGGCCGCAAGAAGGCCCUGGUCGAGGACUUCCCGCUGUGCGUCCACCUGGUGUCGGAUGAGUACGAGCAGCUGUCGUCGGAGGCGCUCGAGGCGGGCCGCAUCUGCUGCAACAAGUAUCUGGUCAAGUUCUGCGGCAAGGACCAGUUCCACAUCCGCAUGCGGCUGCACCCGUUCCACGUCAUCCGCAUCAACAAGAUGUUGUCCUGUGCCGGAGCCGAUAGACUCCAAACCGGAAUGCGAGGCGCGUUCGGCAAGCCCCAGGGCACGGUCGCGCGCGUCCGCAUCGGCCAGCCGAUCAUGUCGGUGCGCUCGAGCGACCGCUUCCGGCCGCAGGUCGUCGAGGCACUGCGUCGUGCCAAGUUCAAGUUCCCCGGCCGUCAGAAGAUCUUCAUCUCGAAGAAGUGGGGCUUCACCAAGUACGACCGCGACCAGUACCAGGUGUACUGGGACGAGGGCCGCCUCGUCAACGACGGCUGCGGCGUCAAGUUCUUCAACGAUCACGGCCCGCUCAAGAAGUGGGAGGCGCACGAGCGCGCGCGGUUGGCGUAGGUGCGUUCGUUGCGUUGAAUUGACUGAAGGGUGUCGUCGGAGAAGGGAGAAAACAAGUCCAUCAAAAUAAAACAAGAUUCCGGAUUUUGGCUGGCAAAUCGUUGAAA